AUGACCAAUCUCUAUCCAAAGAACGAGGCUCCCAUGAAGGUAGUAGCAGGAAGAGGGGAUUGUUAUACUAGCUCAGAAGUACUGAUUCAGUUGGAAAUUGUUCUGUACCUCCCCUUCGUUCCUAAGUUGGAAGAGAAACCUUCUCUGACCCAGACUGCCACCAUUCCUAUCGUGGAUGAAAGUAGCAACAUAAUCCUUGAUCGCUUGGCAGAUGCCAUUAAGGCUGAAAACAUGGAUACGGUCAAGUCCUUGAAAGAUAAAUUGAUGGUGGCGCUAGAGAAGGAAGAAAAGGUCAAGGAGGAGAAGAAGAAGGAAAGAAAGAAGAAAAAAGAAGAGAAGUCAGAGAAAGCUAAAGGCAAGGAGAAGAUGAAAGAGAAAUCCCAAAAGAAGCGUAAAAUAGACAAGAAAGACGUACCUUCUUCAUCAUUGAGCGACUCAGACUCCUCCUCCUCUGAUUCUUCUAGCUCCAAAUCAGCGGCUGAGAAAGCCAGAAAGGACUCCUCAUUGUCCUCUUCAGGUGGUUCCUCAUCGUCGUCAUCCCCCUCAUCAAAGAACAACCCCUCAGGAAGCUCGUCCAGCUCAGAUUCAGAUUUGGGCUUAAAGUUCAAGAGAACGAAAGCAUCUGCCUUCAAUUUGCCUAACUUGCCAGAGAAAUGGCAAAAGGCGUUUUAUAAGAAGAUGAACCGCUACGUUCCCCUGUUGGUAUUCAAGCAUUCUUUCAUCGAAGCACAUCAUGCUGCUAGCGCCUUUGGUUCAAAGAAGAGCAAAGGCCCUUGGUUCGAGGCUUCUGAGGUCUAG